UACAUACAAGGCCAGCCACGGCUCGUCUCAGAACAGGGACAGGCCACACCCUGCACCGCCACGCUGGUAUAUAAUGCUGUGCCUCGGAGAGAGAGUCAGACCAACUCUCAAGUCUCCAUCACUAAACAUCAUGAGCAAGACUAUGUUCUUCGUGCUGUCCGUGCUGGUGGUGCUGGCCGCCGCCAAGCCUGCCCCCAGCCCUAAGCCUGAGCCUGAGCCUGAGGCCAAGGCAGACCCUGGAUACCUUGGUUAUGGCGGACUCGGCAGCUUUGGUGGAUACGGAGGUUAUGGGGGCUACGGCGGUCUUGGUGGCUUUGGAGGCUUCGGAGGCUUCGGUGGAUUCGGUCAUGGAGGGUAUGGCGGCUAUGGCUACGGCGGCUACGGCGGCUACGGUUAUGGACACGGUGGAUAUGGGUAUUAUGGUUAACUUCAUCUCAUCUUGAGGAAAAGAAGAAAAAUGGUUUCAGUUGCGUCAGAAUCAGUCGUGAUCAUUAAAAGCUCCUUUUAGGAAUAAAAUUCAAUGGUCAAA